AUGCUAAGAAAACUGGGACGUGGUUCUUAUGAUUGUAUUGUACGUGGUGAUGAAAAAGUGGCUGUUGUAAAGUGGUUUGAUAACAAACCAAUCUUUGUCGCAUCUACAGAGAAUGCAGUACACCCUGAAGAUACCUGUAGACGUUGGAGUAAAGAACAAAAAAAAUACAUUGAUGUAACAAGGCCAGCUUCAAUAAAACUUUACAACUCUUUCAUGGGAGGGAUAGACUUGCUAGAUAGGGUUAUCGGGAAAUACGCGAUGAGGGGUAGAACUGGAAAGUGGACUGUGAGGGCAAUUUUUCAUUUUGUAGAUUUUGCAGCUGCUGCUUCUUGGAUAGAAUACCGCCGAGACGCCAAAGCCCUAGGUGAAAAACCGUGUCAGUACUUUGAUUUCAAAAUGGAGCUGGCAAAAACUUUAAUUUACGCCUCCCAAAAUAAGAACCCUCAAAACCCUCAUGCUGAAAGGCUUAGCCCAAGGCAUAGUCCAACAACUUCAUUCACCAGGUCUCUGAAAAGACGCAUUGUAACAGCCCUUCCACACGAAGAAAAAAAGAAACAGGCAUCUCAUCUGCCAGAGGAUAUGACACGAACAGAUAAAAACCGGUCUAAAUGCAGAUUACCAGUAGGCCCUAGGAACUCAAUUGAGAGGCCC